CGAUCGCCGCCUCUCUAAAAGAGGUGGGUCUGGCGGUGUGGCCCUCUCAGUCAAGUCACCUCCCCUUCCGGGGCUGCGGGCAUUCCUGGAGUUGCUGUUGCUGACGGGCUUCUUCAUUUGGCAACAGGCUACAAUGCAGCGCUGAGAUUAGCAGCAACCAUGUUUCAGAGGUGAGAAGAACGUGAGCACCACUAAGGAAGCUAUCAUGGGUCCCACACAACUGGCCACACACAAUCAUGGGAAAAAGACAAGUGUAUUUGAGAUGGAGGAGAAAAGGUUUACUCUGUUCUGUGGGUCAGAGAUCACACCUGAGCACCCAGAAAAUCCUCCCAUGAAAAGGAAGAAGGGGCCUGCCCCCAAGAUGCUUGGAAAUGAGGUGUGCAGUGUCUGUGGAGACAAGGCCUCAGGCUUCCACUACAACGUUCUGAGCUGCGAGGGCUGCAAGGGCUUUUUCCGCCGCAGUGUCAUCAAGGGUGCCCAGUAUGUCUGCAAAAAUGGUGGUCAGUGUGAGAUGGACAUGUACAUGCGUCGAAAAUGUCAGCAGUGCCGGUUGCGCAAGUGCCAAGAGGCAGGCAUGCGGGAACAAUGCGUUCUUUCUGAAGAGCAGAUUCGGCUGAAGAAACUUAAGAAACAGGAUGAUCAGGCCCGGAUGGUAGUUGUGCGGCAGAACCCACCAUCUCCUCCCAGGAUCCCUCCCAAAAUGACACCUCAGCAGCUUAACAUGAUAGAAAAACUUGUGGCAGCUCAGCAGCAGUGCAACCAACGCUCCUUCACAGACAGGCUCAAAGUAACGCCGUGGCCUCAAAUUUCAGAUCCCAAUAAUCGUGAAGCACGACAACAGCGCUUUGCUCAUUUUACAGAGCUUGCAAUAAUUUCUGUACAGGAGAUUGUGGACUUCGCUAAACAGCUGCCAGGUUUCCUGGAGCUCACCCGGGAAGAUCAGAUAGCUCUUCUAAAGAUGUCUACAAUAGAGGUAAUGCUGUUGGAGACAUCUCGACGCUACAGUCCAGAAACAGAAAGCAUCACUUUUCUUAAGGACCUAAGUUACAAUCGUGAUGACUUUGCCAAAGCAGGCCUACAGUUUGAGUUCAUUAACCCCAUCUUUGAAUUUUCAAAAGGAAUGAAUGAACUACAGCUGAGUGAUGCCGAAUAUGCACUUUUAAUUGCUAUCAGCAUUUUUUCUGCAGACCGACCGAAUGUUCAGGACCAGCCCCUAGUGGAAAGGCUGCAGCACACCUACGUAGAAGCUCUUCAUUCUUACAUUUGUAUCCAUAGACCAACUGAUCAUCUAAUGUUCCCACGGAUGUUAAUGAAACUGGUCAGUCUUCGGACUCUAAGUAGUGUCCAUUCUGAACAGGUAUUUGCUCUUCGUCUACAAGACAAGAAGUUGCCACCACUCUUAUCAGAGAUAUGGGAUGUCAAUGAAUGACAGCACUCUCCCAGGGCACUGACCCACUAAAGUAACCCCCACUGUCCACCUCAUGCUAACAGGAAGUUGUUCUCUCCUCUCCAAAGCACUUAGGCCAGUGGUUUCUUCUAUCUGAUAAAGCAAAUCAGAAGGCAAAUAAGAUGGACUCUUUUGGUUUUGCAGAAGCAGGACAAACAACAGAAACUCCUCAACAUGGUAGAGAUGAAGAAUCCUCCUUAAUAAUUCCUCCAGUGCCUUUCUUCUUCUAUGCACUUUUACUAUGAUGUUGAUCUGGCCUGCCAUCCAGGCAUACAAAGAGGCUUCUCAGGGGUUUCAAAGGCAUGGCCCCUUGUAUAUCCACUUCAUGGAAGAAAUUCCUCUGGAAUGAAUGUACUUUGUAUAUAUAUAUAUACACAUAUAUACAUGAGAAUGUACUUAAUAUAUUCUGCCAUUGACAAAAAUUAAUAGCAGAUUGGACACAGAUGAGAACAUUUAUGGUAUUUCCUCUUCAUGAGACUUCGUUUCUAAAAGUGUUGCUAUUUUCUAGUGCCACCAAGUGCCGUUUUUUGCUGACUUGUUGGAAAGGGAGACUGUGAACUGGGACGCUGCUGUACAGUAGAAAAAAUUGCUCAUAACUUUUCCCAGUCAUUAUCCUCCUGUCCCAAGUGUUUAACUAUCACUGUGAUAUUUCAGGGCCAGUCACAUGUACAAUUUAAAUGUGCUGGUGACCUAUGUUUAAUCAUAGUUGUCUGCUUUGUACAACUGCUUCAUAAACUUGGGCAAUAUGGUCCUGUGCAUAAUAGCUGAAAAGUAAAUACCUUACUGUCAAGUAACUAUAUAUAGGAUUGCAGUCCUAAUCCCUAACCUUUUAAGUGGGAAGCAUGUGUGCUUGUGGAUUAGUGCUGUUCCAACAUAAACCUGGUGUCCUUUAAUGCACAUCAUACGUAUAGAAUCUGCGCUAAACAGCACUGUGUUGUGCUCUGCUGUCCAAUGCUGCUUUUUCCUGUUUAAGCAGAAACAGUCAGUUAUAUCUCUGUUUCCUCAGUUUUAGUAAAAGUGGUAGUAUGAUAAAACCUUCUAUUGGAUCCUGUCUAACACAUUUUUUUGCUAGUGCUUGGGGAAGAGGGAUAAGGAAACUUAACACAAAGGAAUACAAGGCCAUCUUCACAGGCUAUCUGCCCUGGGUUAAAUGCUGCUGGGAAGCUGUUUUUUUCCUCUUUCCCCGCAGCGUCAUGGUGCAUUUGUGUACCUCCUGGCUGUUUUUAUAUGUCUUUUUUCUGAUCUUUCUUAAACUUGCUUUGCUCUGAAGUUUUGGGAAAGAUCACAGUAAAACAUGGAUGGCUGUCAUGUGGGUGAGCAUGUUCAGAUUUUCCCACCCACAUGGCAGCCAUAUUCUUUGACCUUGUCUCCAUGGAUGAUGGUUUUAUUAGACUCUGCUCAGCACAAAGAGGAAUAUGGGAAUUGGCUUACUCAAAAGCAAAUACCUUUUCCUCCAAGAUACCCUGUGUGGCUAGCUCCAGACUCUAGCUGUGAUGAUUGGUCUGGCUCACACAAGUCCCUGUCAGGCAUCAGGACCUGAAGGGAUCCUCAUGAGCUGAAACACUGUCCAUAACAGGAGGAAAGAAUCUUCUCACUCCUCAGAUUUGGAGCUAUCUGUAGAAGAGCACAGCUAAUGUGUAUAUAUGUUGCAAUUGAGCUAAAUUUAGUAUAUACAGCCUAUCCUACAGACUGCACAUCUCAGAAUGUGGAAAUAAAUGUUAUAUGCAAAUCCAUAUCACCAAAUUUGAUGGCUGCUUUUAGAUAAAAAAGGGAACAGAUCAGGAGGAGAUGGUUUGGAAAAAUUGGUGGUGGGCUGCUUAACCCUAUUUCUACCCACCAGUUUAAGCCUGUGGCUCCCAUCCCCUUUCAUUUUUCUCCUCCUGGAAGUUUGAGGAUAAAUAUAUAGCAUAUGGCAUCCUUAGGCUGGGAAAAGCACCUGAAGGAGGAUUGAAGUUGCUGCUGGUGAUGGGGGGGAGUAUUGAGCAGUGAAUCAGUGAACAUUCUCCUCACCCCCAUUUCUCUGCUCCAAAUUGGCAUUACAAAACAGCUGUUCUCUUACAAAAGUACCAAUUUGGGGUUUGUUAUAUGCAUUUGCAUGUAAUGUUUAGUUCUCUCAGAUCUCUUCAGGAAAGAAUAGAACUCAAUUUGGAUGUGUGAUACAAGCUUGUUCAUUUGCCUGUUAAGAGUAAGAAAGGGCCUUCAUCUAUUGAGAGACAUCUGUUUGUUUGUAUCCUUUCUUUUCUACCUUAACUAUGUCGACUUAUCCCUCUGGACUCUUUGGUCUUUAUACCCAUAAAUAAUUUAGUAUUUACAGCAUGAUCCUACACAGAAUUACACAAGCCUAUGCCCAGGUUUUCAGUGGGUUUCAGUUUACGUAAUUCAGCAUAGGAUCCUGCUGCUAGAGGAAUAAUUCAUCUGACAAUACUCAUUGAUCUACAUGCUAGUAGAAACAAACUGUUUGAUGCCAGGAAUCAACUUUGAGAUUUCCUGCUGGUCAGGUGUUAUGUGCUUCCCUUAUUAUUAGGGAUUAAGUUUACAUGUCCUGUAAGCAUCUUGAGAGUCUGGUCCCACAAAUGAAUGUGAAUAUUGACUUUUUAACCAAGUGCCAUACCUGUGGUGUUGGACUUGUGUUUGUUUUGCACUUGAGGUUGGUUGUUUACCACUAGCCUUCAUUAUGUAAAGCACUUAUAUAACCAUUUUUUAAAUCUGUUUUUAUAGAUCAUUGUAACUGCAACAUUUUUGCCAUUUAAUUCUGUAUUUUAACUAAUGGUUGGCAAAAUGUAAUUUUAUGCAAAAGAAUAAAGGCUAAUAACAGAA